AGAGGAGCGGAGAGGGAGGUGCGGAGAGUGGCACGGGCAGAGGCCACAGUGAACUUAUGCGGACAUGAUAUUUUAAGGUGGAGAACUAACUAAGAUGAAAUCGUUAUCAUAUUAUGUGAAAACAAGUCAGCUGUGAAGAUCCUACUCCCUCCAUACAAUCUGCCAUGUUCCGUGGCUCUCUCCAGAAGCUGUGUUUGUCUUCAUGAAGAUUCCUAAUCUUGGUAAUGUGAUGAAUAAAUUUGAGGUCCUUGGAGUUGUCGGUGAAGGCGCUUAUGGAGUGGUACUUAAAUGUCGACACAAGGAAACAAAGGAGAUUGUGGCGAUCAAGAAGUUUAAAGAUAGCGAAGAAAAUGAAGAAGUCAAGGAAACGACACUUCGAGAGCUUAAAAUGCUUCGCACAUUGAAGCAGGAAAAUAUAGUUGAGCUGAAAGAAGCCUUUAGAAGAAGAGGAAAAUUAUACCUAGUCUUUGAAUAUGUGGAGAAGAACAUGCUCGAGUUGCUGGAAGAAAUGCCAAAUGGAGUUUCUCCAGAAAAAGUCAAGAAUUACAUUUAUCAGCUCAUCAAAGCAAUUAACUGGUGUCACAAGAACGAUAUUGUUCAUAGAGAUAUCAAACCUGAGAAUCUCUUAAUUAGCUACACUGAUAUCUUAAAGCUCUGUGAUUUUGGUUUUGCCCGGAAUUUAUCUGAAGGCAGCAAUGCAAAUUACACUGAGUAUGUGGCCACUCGGUGGUAUCGUUCACCUGAACUGCUUCUCGGAGCCCCAUAUGGAAAGGCCGUUGACAUGUGGUCUGUGGGCUGUAUCCUUGGAGAACUUAGCGAUGGCCAGCCACUCUUUCCUGGAGAAAGUGAAAUUGAUCAGCUUUUCACAAUUCAGAAAGUAUUAGGACCUCUUCCUCCAGAGCAAAUGAAGCUGUUCUACAGCAACCCUCGGUUUCAUGGGAUGCGGUUUCCGGCUGUCAAUCACCCUCAGUCUUUGGAAAGACGAUAUUUAGGCAUCAUUAGUGGUGUUUUACUUGACCUCAUGAAGAACUUACUGAAGCUAAAUCCAUCUGAUAGAUAUCUGACCGAUCAGUGUUUGAACCACCCAGCUUUUCAGACUCAGAGACUCUUGGACCGGGGUGGGAGCUCUCCUUCCAGAUCAUCCAAGAGAAAAACCCAUCAGUCUGAGAGCAACUCAUCAAGCAGGAAACCAUCUAGUAAAAGUUCUCAGCCACAUCACAGAUCAAACAGUAAAGAUGCUCAGUCUCUCUCGGUUGGAGCAAAACGAAGUGAGGAAGCUCAUCCACCCACUGAAACAUUCAUUAAUGGAAACCACCCGGCAGGAUCUCAUAGCCCAACAGUGCAUCCAAAAAAGAGUAACCAAAGCGGGUCUGGCAACAAGGAUCUAUCCAACAACCAUUUGCCGCAUCUUGUUAGUCCAAAGGAAGCUAAAUCUAAGAAUGAAUUUGAUUUUAACACUGAUCAAAAAGCAACUGAUGGACCAGGCAGCAAAUACAUGAAAUCGAGUUCCCGGUCCCAGCACAACAGACAUUCAUUCAUGGAGGGCAAAACUAGCAGUUUACAACCUGGCGAAAGGCAUGCUCGCCAUAGCUACAUUGACACAAUCCCACAGUCCUCAAAGAAGAGCAGUUCCUACAUGAACUAUUCUAAAAAUCAUGGUGUCCUAACAGACUCAAAAUCAGUGGGAAACCUUAUUGAAAGUAGAGGACAGGCAUUGGAGCCAAACAGUAGAUAUUUUCCAUCCAGUUGCCAUGACUUAAAUUCUCCAACUAGCCCUGCUGGUCCGAGGCAUGGUGACAGUAGAGCCAUGUUAAGUCCCUCUGGAAGGACUAAUCGUAAAGAGGGGACCUUAGAGUCUCGAAGGCCUACCACUAGACAUUCCAGAACCAUGGAGGAGCUGAAACUUCCUGAUCAACUGGAUGGUAGUCAUUCCCACUCCCAUUCAGCGCCACAUGAGUCUUUUUCAUAUGGCCUGGGCUACACUAGUCCUUUCUCCUCACAACAGCGUCCUCACAGGCAUUCAAUGUAUGUGAGUCGAGAUCGUGUGCGAGUUAAGGGCAAUGACCAAGGACUAAGUGUUGGGCAGGGAAUGGCAUCAAGGGCCAACAGUCUGCAGUUGUUAUCUCCUCAGGUACAACAUCGAACAUUGACAAGAUCUGUUGGAUCAUCUCGCGAAGAUUGCACAGAAGACACUUCUAGGCAGGCUGACCCAGCUCUGUCAGAGGGGAUCAUCCACUCAAGACCACUAGCUAAAGAGCCCAACAGAGAAGCCACAGCUCCAUUUCACACGCGCCAAAAGCCAGAGGGAGGUCCUUAUCAUGAUACACAUACAGAUGACUUGGCAUCCUCCAAAGAAAACCGCCAUAUAUACAGUGACACAGUCCCUCGAAGGGUUGGAAGCUUCUACAGAGUUCCAUCGCCUCGUCCAGAGGGAAAUUUUCAUGAAAAUAGCACGUCAAACCGCAGUUCUUCACAUCCAGUUGACAGCAGUGCAGGAACAAAUCACUCAAAGAGACAAACUACUUUCGAUCACUGGAAAGGUGUAGAAAAAAGCCAUUCAGAACAAAUCAAAGAUAAAGAAAAGCAAAGUUUUUUCCGAGUCAUAAAAAAGAAAAAGAAGAAAUCCCAGCCUACAGAAUCCACAGAGUCUGAAAAACCGAGCAUCAAGAAAAGCCUCUUCCCACUUUUUAGUUCAAAGAACAAUUUAAAGCGUAGUUCUUCUUUGAAAAAGAUGCCUGUAGUCAAUCUGCCAAUGAUGCCUAAUACAGAAGGUCAGGAACAUCUGCCUAUACAGAAGGGUGUUCUAUCCUCCAGUCACAAAAGCAGCCGGCACAAGGAAUGGCGUCCAGACAAGAUGGCAGAAAUUCACUCACAUAGUCAGCCUCUGAAGUCACUUUGGAAACUCUUGCACCCAUCAUCAUCAUCAAACCAUUCAGUUCCCCCAAAUGCACAUUUCCAACCUCUACCAAACCAACCCCCUAAAACACCCAACUUCUCAGAGGCCAGAAUACACCCAAUGGGUCAGCCUUCCAGCUCUGCCCAUCGACAGGAGGCGCAGUCAAAGAGUCGCCAAGGCCUGCAGCUACCUGGACAGCCGGAACCACAUUGGCAUGUUUCCCCAGUAAACAGAGGGACAAGUGAAGGAGCUUCUUUUCCCGAAAAGCUGGCUUCAAAACCUGGACAGAACGGGCUACCUUUUAACCGGACAAAAAGAACCCGAUUGCCAAAUUUGAAUGACCUUAAAGAGACUGCUCUUUAGUUGAUAUCUUCACAAAACAGUCAGUGUAUACAUAAAAAUGAGUACUGGGUGAAUGGCAAUAUG